AUGUCAGGAUUGGAAACUUCAUUUUGGACUUAUACUAACAGGCAGCUUCUUGCAGAUUCACUUUUCCAGCUAAAAUUUACAGCUAAGCAGCUCACCAGACAAGCCGCUAAGGCGCGCAAAGAAGAGCAAAGAGAAAAGGGUAAAGUGAAGAAAGCUCUAAUUGAGGGAAAUAACGACAUUGCACAAAUAUAUGCGCAGAAUGCGAUACGAAAGGGUCAGGAGUAUCUCAACCUCUUAAGGCUUUCGUCCAGAAUCGAUGCAGUUUCCUCCCGGAUACAAACGGCGGUUACUAUGCGUAGUGUCACUGGAAACAUGGCACGUGUAGUGAACGGAAUGAAUAAGGCGAUGGAGACCAUGAAUUUGGAAAGGAUUACUAUGGUUAUGGACAAAUUUGAGGAGCAAUUUGAAGACAUAGAGAGUUCCACUAACUAUUACGAGACGGUUUCCAACGAGAUGAAUGCUACACAGCAGCCGCAAGAUCAAGUCGAACUUUUAAUGCAGCAAGUGGCUGAUGAAGCUGGUGUUGAAAUGAAGCAUAAGAUUAAUGACGCAAAGGUCGAUAACUUGAAGAUCCCGGAACAGAAGGAGGCUGUCGAGCAGUCUGAGGAUAAGUUGAGUGAGAGAUUAAGGGUUUUGAGAAACUAA